AUGCGCCACUUCGUGAUAAUACAUUGGUCAACCAGGACCCGGAAGCUCAUUCGUGUGUGCCAGCAAUCCUGUCUCGUCACGGCAAUCCUCAGCUCCCCAUGCACGCCGACCAACCAGACGUGCAUCUGCACAAACGCCGCUUUGCAGGCCAACGUCGAACUUUGUGUCAUGAAGACCUGUACCCUCAAGAAUGCCCUCGUCACCAAGAAUGCCACUCAGACGACGUGCGGCGUGGUUCCGCGAAGCAGCACAGCCCAGUACAACACCGUCUCCAUCACGAUGGGCGCGCUCUCGGCCAUCUUCGUCAUCGUCCGGCUGUCGCACAAGGCCCUCGUGACGGUAAGCGACCUCGGCAUGGACGACUGGUUCAUCCUCAUCACCCUCUGCUCCGGGCUCCCCAGCACCGUCAUCAACUCGGUCGGCCUCGGCGCCCACGGCCUCGGCCGCGACAUCUGGACCCUCUCCCCCGACACCAUCACCAGCUUCGGGUACUGGUUCUACAUCAUGGAGAUCCUGUACUUCGCCCAGGUGACGCUGCUCAAAAUGUCCCUCCUGUUCUUCUACAUGCGCAUCUUCUCGCACAACGCCCCCAUGAGGCAGCUCAUCUGGGGCACCGUCGCCUUCAACGCCGUCUUCGGCACCACCUUCAUCUUCCUCGCCGUCUUCCAGUGCUCCCCGAUCAGCUUCUACUGGACGAAAUGGGACCAGGAGCACAGCGGCGUGUGCCUGAACGUCAACGGCAUCGGUUGGGCCAACGCCGGCAUCAGCAUCAUCCUGGACUGCUGGAUGCUCGGACUCCCCCUGUCUCAGAUCAGUACGCUGAACCUCCACUGGAAGAAGAAGAUCAGCGUGGCGCUGAUGUUCUUCGUCGGCACCUUUGUCACCGUCGUCAGCAUCCUCCGCCUGCAAUCACUGGUCCAGUUCGAAAAGUCGCAGAACCCGACCUGGGACCAGUUCGGCGUGGCCGUGUGGUCCACCGUCGAGAUCAACGUCGGCAUCAUCUGCGCCUGCCUGCCCGCGGUCCGCGUCAUCCUCGUCCGCCUCUUCCCCAAGAUCCUCGGCAGCACCCGCACCGGAGGCUCCCAAGCCGCCAAGUACUACGUGAAUUCGAGCAGCAACGGCCCCCGUAGCCGCGCCCGUACUCUUGGCACCGAGACCAAGGUCAAGACCCUGGACCGCGAAUCGGCGGCUUCGAGCAGCGCCGCCAACAGCCCGAAGGGCAUCAUGUACACCAAAGAGUACGCGGUGGAUUACAACGACGAGACAAGUCUGGUGCCGAUGCGCGGGCUGGAGGCCGGCAGCUCCAAGACUUCGCGGAGCGGCUCACCGUUUUAG